AUGGAUAUUCUAGUAACUUUAUUCUACUUGCUGUUUUCGUUUUGCGUUAUUUAUCCACCCACGGAGUUUGUUUCUGCUGGUUUCACCAUACCCCAAAUCUUUGAGGGGUUUUUGGGUUCAGAAAAUGUUAAUUUCAUAGGAUAUCAUAUGAAGAGGAUAACAAUUACGGCGUUUAUACAUUCUUCUUUACCGCUCGGAUAUGUAUUCAGUCUUUGGUGUGGUGGUGAACGGGGAUCGUGGAUGCUGGCAUCAGCGGCUGCGACAGCUAUUAUACCGCUGCUAAUGUGCUAUAAGAUAGUAUGCUGGUGGGAAUAUGACAAAAGCAAACAUCCUGUUGUGAAGCCUCUUCUGUGUUAUACUACUCCAGGCAGUGAUUGGCGUGUAGUUGCUAAUUAUAUUAAUGUUGAAUUUCGAAGUGUCGAUAAAGUGUGCAUUCCACUGACGGCCACCAGUAAGUUUGUGGCCACAGAAACAUGGCUGAUUCGAGUAACUCAAUAUGGAAUGAAUGCUGUGAAACAAAGUGACUGUUCUUUGGUAGCAACUGCUACUGAUAGCUACUCUCUUUCUACUACGGGCGAGGAUGAGGUUCAAUAUGUAAACAUAGAGGCAAUACCGACCAGACCUGACGUAAAUCAAUUCUCAUUCCGAAUGACUACAACAGCCUUGCGAGAACUACAAUCGAGAUUGAGGGACCCUGUGCGUGUGCCGGAACAUAUAUCCUUGAUGCCUUCUGUCAUUGAAAGAUUUGUAACCGUGUUCAAGCAUCAUGUUGAACAGAACCCGGUGUACUAUGUUGAUCAGGAACUGGAGCAGUGCAUCGGUUGCAUGCAAAAUAUGGCAGACGUGAAGAUAGACCGUCGUUGCCUGCCUGUACCGGUGCUAUUGGAGGGAAUUGCUCCCCCACCUUGCCAGCAGUGCAACUGCAGGGUGCUGUGGUGCUGCGCGUGCGUGGCGCGCUGGUGGGCGGCGCGGGCGGCGGGCGGGGCGGGCGGCGGGGCGGGAGGGGCGGGCGGCGCGGCGGGCGCGUGGCUGGCGGCGCGCGGCUCGUGCCCCGUGUGCCGCGCCGUCUUCUGCCUGCUGGACGUGCGGCCCGCGCGCCGCAGACCCUCCUGA